AUGUUCAGUCAGCAGCAAGACGACAUGGAAGUCACAGCUCUCUGUAUCAGGCUGAGUGAGUACAGACUUCAUCUUAUAAUUACAAAAAAGUAGAAAGUGAACAGAGAAGAAAAUAAGAUAUAUAAGUAUUAAUGAUAACACAACCUGUCAGCAAACAGAACGACUUUUUAAUCUGGUCUGAUAAUAAUCUGCUUUUAAACCGUCAUUCUCAUGAACCUGUAUCUACUUUAUUGAAAAGUUUAAUUUUUCACUAAAGAACUGAAACUUUGAUAAUAAAGUAAAAUGUCAAUACUGAAGUAGUUUUUAACAUCUCUGCUCCGUAUCCUCUGCAGUAUUGACCCUGUUGUUCCUGCUGGUCGAGGACAUUUACUCUGUAAAAACCAGUAAGUCAGUCAAACACUCAGUUACGUUGUUUAUAGUCCAAUAAAAAUAAAAGAUUCAUAAAAUUCAGUUUUCAUUGAUUAUUUUAAGAGUCAUCAACAUUUGAUGCUAAAACGUGUCGUGUCCGUGUUUCAGAUGCUGAUUUCCCUCAGGUCGACCCGAACCAACAGCAGUUCUUUGAAUAUGAGCCAAUAGAAAUCAGCUGUGAGGGGCUGAUGGGGUCGAGAGGAUGGAGAGUCAUGAAGAGGGUUAAAAGAGUCAUUCAGACCUGUUCUAUUUGGUGGGAGACGUCUACGGGUCCCUGCAAAAUCCAAAAUGCUGUUCCAUCCUUUGACAGCGGAGAGUACUGGUGUGAAAUCGGAGCGCAGAGGAGUAACUCGAUCAACAUCACCGUCAGUGGUACGAUAUUUAAAACAUUCAGAUAAACCUUUGGAGUCUCAGGUUUUAGAUCAGCGCAGACAGUCUUGAAGUUUUGAAGUUGAAGUUUGAAGUUUAUUUCGAUCUGGUCAUAUCCAUUCAAUAUAUACAGUAAAUUACAAGAAAAAAAAAAAAAGAAAAAAAAAGAAAAAGAAAACCAGACCGAAAAGGCAUAGGCUGAAGCAAAAGCUUAUUAACGCCUAUCCUUCUUACUAAAUCAAAAUAUUCAAAACAUCUUAAUCCACACGUUAGAUAGAAAACAAAAACAAAACACAUCAACAAAACAAAGAAUAAAAGAUGACUCAGAAGAAAGAAAAAAAUAAAUAAAAAUAAUAAUAAUCAAAUUAAAUCCAGAAUAUAAAUUAAUCCAUAACCUCAAUCAUUAUUUCUAUAAUUUUCGAUCACCUUGCUUUUAAACAACGAUUUAAAUUUGUGAAUAGUCUGACACGUUUUUAAUUCAUCGUCAAGGGCAUUCCAUAAAUUCACACCUUUAACUGAAGUACACUGUUCUUUGGUCUUGGUUCUAGUUUUUAUUUUUUCCAUCAAAUGUGUCCCACGGAGUUCAUACCUACAUUCCCUUUUUUUAAACAUAUUGACAAUUUUACACGGCAAUGAAUUAUUAUGUACUUUGUACAUGGUCUGUGCUAUUUUGUAAUCCACCAGGUCCUUAAAUUUUAAUGCUCUUAGUUUAAUGAAUAAUUUAUUUGAUGGUUCUCUGUAAGUUGAAUUGGUGAUAAUUCGUACUGCUCUUUUUUGCAAGACGAAGAUAGGUUGCGUAUGGGUAGGGUAUGCAUUUCCCCAUAUUUCCAGGCCGUAAGUGAUAUAUGGGACUACAAUUGAGCAAUACAAAAUAUAUAAGGCAUACUGGUUCAAUAAAUCCUUUACCUUGUGAAUUAUGCCAAUUGAUUUUGCUAAUUUUGAUUUAACAUGAUUUAUAUGAGUUUUCCAGUUCAGUCUUUGGUCCAACGUGACACCCAAGAAUUUUGCUUCUGACACUCUUUCAAUUUCUCUAUCGUUAAUGCUCAGUUUAACAUCUGUAUCUAUUUUACGGUUCCCAAAUAUCAUAAAUUUUGUUUUACUUGUAUUUAACGACAAUUUAUUUGCAUCAAACCAUUUUUUAACCAAUUUCAUCUCCUUUUCAACAGUAGAUAUGAUUUCAGAUAAGUGCUCUCCAGAACAAAAAAAGUUAGUGUCAUCUGCGAAAAGGAUGGAGUUCAUAUACUUAGACACAUUACAGAGUUCAUUCAGAUACAGGAUAAAUAACUUUGGACCAAGGACUGACCCUUGUGGGACGCCGCACUUAACCUUCAACAGUCCAGAAUCAGUUUUACCCAAAGAGACGUAUUGCCAUCUGUCACUUAAAUAAGAACAAAGCCAAGCGUGAGCUACCCCUCUGACACCAUAUUUAAACAUUGAAGUAAAAGGUCAUGAUCAAUUGUGUCAAAUGCUUUUUUUAGAUCUAUAAAAAUACCUAUUGUGUAUAGAUUAUUGUCAAUUGCAGUGGUUAUGUCAUCUAUAAGUUUCAUGAGGGCUAAUCCUGUAGACUGGUUUGUUCUAAAACCAUAUUGAUUUUCACUCAAGAUACUAUGCUUCUCUAUGAAACUGUCCAAUCUUUUGUCAAAUAAUUUCUCAAGAAUUUUUGAGAAUUGAGGCAGCAAGGAAACUGGUCUGUAAUUUGAUACCAGCUCUUUUCCACCAGACUUGUACAAGGGAAUAACUUUGGCUGUUUUCAUUUCAUUUGGAAAUAUUCCUGUUGAGAGUGAAAGAUUAAAAAUAUAGGUCAGAGGUCUGACUACAGCUUCGAUAGUAUCCUUAAUUAAUGACAUGUCGAUCCCGUUGUUAUCUGUCGACCGUUUGCUUUUGAAUGCUGUAACAAUCCCCAUCACUUCAGUUUCAUGAGUGGGAGUAAGAAACAUAGAAUUUACAUUUGCUUCAAUCAAAUUAUUCACAUCAUCCGCAACAACUGGUUGUACAAUAUCGCUUGCCAAGUUAGGGCCAACAUUUAUGAAGAAAUCAUUAAACUCAUUUGCCAUUUGUUCCUUAUUAGAUAUAUAAAUGUCACCCUUUAAUAUGGAUUGAGGGAAAUCCUCUUUCCCCAUGUUUUUUUUAAUCAAGCUGUUGAUUACUUUCCAUGUCUCUCUUAUGUUGUUUCUACUCUCUUCCAUCCGCUUACUGUAAUAAUUCUCUUUACGUAUCCUUAAAAUAUUUGUCACUUUAUUUUUAUAUAACGUAUAUUUUCUUUCAGCUUUUUCUGUUCUACAUCGUAUAAAUUCUCUAUAUAGUCUAUUUUUCUUUUGUAUUACAUUCUGUAGGGAUUUUGUUAUCCAAGGCUUAUUUUCUUCUUUGUUUCUGUCCUUAUGUGUUCUCAAUGGGCAGUUCUUAUCAUAACACUCUUUAAAGACACGUAAAAAUGAAUUAUAAGCCUCAUUUACAUCAGCAACAUAAAUAGAAUCCCAAGUUUGUCUCAUUAGAUCCUUUUUUAGUAACUCCACCCUUUCUGGAUUUCUCAGUCUAAAUGUUGUCUGAGGUUUUUCCGCAGGGGGUUCCCUUAUAUUACAUUGAAAUGUUGUAAAAAUUGGUAAAUGAUCGCUGAUGUCUUGGAUGAACAACCCCCCUACUGUGGUAUCCAUGAUGUUAGAGUAAAUAUUGUCAAUGAGAGUUGCACUGGAUCCGGUAAUUCUGCUAGGCUUAGUGAUCCGAGGUAAUAAACCUAUACUAAACAUGGUGUCAAUGAAAUCAGAUAUUCCUAUUUGUCCCUGUGGAUUUAAUAAAUCAAUGUUAAAGUCACCACAUACAAAUACAGUCUUCUUAUUACUUACUUUUUCAUACAGUUCAACCAUCUGUUCCUUUAGAACGUCUAUUUCACAUACUGGAGCUUUGUAGACACAGCUUAUAAUGAUGUUCUUAACUUUUUUCAUUUCAAUUUCAACUGUAAUGAUUUCCAACUUGUCAUCUAUCCCUAUAGACAUAUUCUGCAGUUCCUUACAUUGUCGGGUCUCAUCGAUAUAUAAUACCACUCCCCCACCCUUUUUCCUUCUCCUGUUAACAUAAAACAUAUUAUACCCCCGCAACUCAUAAUCUUUUACUAUUUCAUUUGUCAUCCAGGAUUCUGAGACUGCUAUUGCACUGAAUUUAGUUUUAAAUAGCUUCAAGAAAUCAUAGACUUUUGAGAAAUUUUUAACUAGGCUUCUGCUAUUGAUGUGUAUAAUUGAGAACACACCUACCAUUUCAACCUUUAUGUUAAAUUGUUGUUCAGUGUAAUACCUACAAUCAUUGUGCAUAGUAUGGAAAAAAUUUGUUUCUGGGUCAAUGUCCAUAUCAUGUCUUCUUUUUCCAGAAUAAUUAAAUGUUUCAUAAUCUAAAUCUAGAUAUGAGUUUAGUGGAGUAGCUUCAUUGACCCCAGACAUUACAUCUGUAUCAUCACUAUCAGAAUCUGUCAUUGGUUACAAUAGGUUAAAUAAUAACAGUAAUCCAGUUCCGCACAAGUCUCAUGCAUUAUACCAGGUAGCAAGUGAGAAAAGAGAGAAAAGAGCCGGAAGAAUCCUUCAUUCCGUAAAAAGGUCUCAGUUAGCAUGCAAAAAAUAAGCCAAUCCAGAAGAAAAAAAAUCAAAAGUAAGUAGGAAAAACAGUUCUGAUCCAUCAUAUAGUUUGGGAAUGCUCUUCAUCAGGAUUAUCCAUGGCUAUCAAACCAGCAAACCAAAGCCCUUUAUCUGUAGGUGUCAAGUUCAUUUAUGUCUCUUACCGUCAGUACUUUGGCGACUUCUGGUGACUCUCCAUUCAGCUUAAUCAUCACUUUACAAUUACGGGUCCAGGUUGACUUUAUCUUAUUCUCUUUCCUCAGCAUUCGGGCCAUUCUUGCAAUCUCCGUGUUUCGUUUCGUUAGGUGUUCAUUUAUGUACACAGCUGUUCCUAUAAGCUUCUUCCCUUGUUGCAUUAAUUCCAUUUUGUGCUUUCUGUUCAAAAAGCGAAUGAUGACACUUGGUUUGGCGUUGCGAUCUUUUCUUGGAAGUGUGUGGCAAGCCACGAUGUGGUUUGGAUCCAUCUUGAUAGCCUUUGAAUCAAAGAACUGGAUAACUUGCUGUUGCAGAGACUGAAGAUUCUCAGGCGGCAUGUCCUCGGUGUCGCUCUUGGCUGCAGCCGCUGCCGCGGCGUACGAGGGCGGCUUCACGCUGAGACCGGUAAUGAUCACGUCCUCCAUUCUCGUAUACUGUUCGACUUCGUUGAGUCUUUGCUCGAGUUCGCAGAUUUUUUUAUCCUUUUCUAUGACGGUUUUCUUCAGGGUUUUGACUUCUUCAAGGAGUUUGACGACAGAGGCUUGUUGCUCCACGAUAGUGGCUUGUUGGGCGGACAUUGUGUUCAGCUUCUCCGUGAGCUGACCGAGAGACUGUUUAAUCUCCUCUAUGUCCUCCUCCAACGUCCUCUGUCUUCGACAAUAACUUCAGAUAUCACCCACCAUGUUAGCAUCAGGGGUGAUUGUAGCGUAACAAUUCUAGUUAAACUAAUCCACCCUAACAUGUUUAAACUUUGUUUUUACAGCUGGACCUGUGAUUCUGGAGAUUCCUGUCCUUCCUGUCAUGGAAGGAGACAAUGUGACCCUAACCUGCAGAAACAAGCUGUUGUCCUCCAACUUCACCUCACAGUUCUUCAAAGACGGCCUCCUGAUGGACAGCAGCUCUACAGGAACCAUGACCAUCCACGGCGUCUCCAGACUUGAUGAAGGACUCUACAAAUGCAGCAUCUCUGAGGCCGGAGAGUCUCCAGAGAGCUGGCUAAAAGUCAGAGGUGAGACAACAGUGUUUGGAUAAAAUAUCCAAACUCACAGAUUUAUGUCACUGAUUUCAUAUUAGCGACACACACCGCUGUCUCCCCAGGACCUCGAGAGGGUAACAAGGAUCCCGAGAAACCCGAGAAACCCAAGGAUCCCGAGGGUCCAACUCUCCCUCAACAGUACCUGUUUCUGCUGCAGAUUUGUAUGGGUGUCUGUGUUUUCCUCGCCAUUUCGCUGCUGCUGGUGGGAUUUCACCGAUGUAGAAAAUGCCGUACGGCCAUCAUCGGUAAAGAGAAUCACAAGCCUCCAGACGGCUUGACUCUGCAGACUCUUCUACAAACUUUUACAACCUUUUUAUUCAUUUUAAUUGUAUUUCAGCAGGUAGUGAAGCAUCUACUCCCCCAGUCCGGUCCGUACCAUCGCGAUGUCAACCAAAAGGUCAGAACUCAAACCUCCUCCAACCCAGAGCGUUAGGAUUUCAGCUGAUGAAACAUCGUUAAGCAUCAGUGUAAUGUUGUCACUCAUUUACUGACUGACUGUAUGUAUUUAUCACGCUUCUACCACCGUCACGGUGAAGUGCUACUCUUGGAUCGAGUCAUGAAAAGGCUUCAUUUGUGUCUCUAAUUUAGCACAAUAAUCCACAACCAUCCACACCAUGUUAGCGUAUGUUCUGUGUGUAAAAAUAGAGUCUAAAUUAGUAGUUUACUGAUUUAAUAGGAAUCUGUUUGAUAUCGUCAUUAUCAGCCUCAGCACCAAAAAAAGGAUUUUGACAAAAUGACAAAUUCGACACAUCGCAAGUAGCUAUUACUUUUCGACAUCUUAGCUGCUCGUUAACAGUCAGAUAACUUAAAUUAAAUCAACUUUCAGUAACACUUUACAAUAACCAUAAUUUAUAAAUGGCAAACAGAUGGUUUAUUAAAGUAAGUUAAUAGUUAUUAAACCAUUAACAAGCAAUGAAAUAAUGAUUAAUAAUUGUCAUUAAUGAUUAAUGGACUAUUAAUUAAAUGUUUAUCUAGGGUUUAAAUAUUGGUUGUAAAACAUCUAGAUUAAAAUUUGUGUCCGUAUCACUUUGUAAAUGGUUAAUAAGCGGUUUAUAAACCAUCUAUAAACAUGACUUAGAUGGUUAUCGUAAAGUUAGGGUUAGGUUUUUAAAACUGUGAAAUUUACAAUUUUUUAAUGUCUAUAUGCUGUUUAUAAAUGACGAUCAAACAUUAAUAAGCUAUCUGAUUACCAUUUAUAAAUGGUCUAUUUACCAUCUAUAAAUUAUGGUUAUUGUAAAGUGUUACCCAACUUUCAGUCUGCUGCUAAUUAACUGGCUAAUUACCGAUUGAAGAUGAUCUAUCGAGUUUUGUUUCUAUAAUACUUUUCAUAAAAGUCUGACACAAUUCAAAGCACUUCACAGUGAGGGACAACAAAACAGUUACGAGUUCAUUUAUGGUCAUUCAAUGUCACGGUUUAGUUUAGGUAAAUACAUCAUUAAUUACUGCUUAUUACCUUGUAAUUACCAUUUUUUAUGAAGAAUGACCAAUGAAUGUUGAACUGUGCGCCGUCAUCCACUAAGGUUAACCGAAACAUUGCCAUAACAAAUUCUGUACAGAUAUUAAUAUGAUGCAUGUACAUAUCUUUUUUUUUUUUUUUUAACUCAGAGUUUUUUUAUCUUAAUUUUUUAAUUUGGAAUUCCCCCCCCAUGGGACUAUUAAAGGAACAGAUUAUCUUAACCAUCAUUUCUCAACGUGACAUGUACGUGGUGUUUGAUCGGAAUUAUGUUUGUGUGUUUAAAGAGGCCUGUGCAGAUGUUUCAAAACAGAUGACGCAUUCUUUCAACAAAGGACAAAAGAAGGAGAAAACAAAGAAGAAGACGAAGAAGAGGAAGAGGAAGAAAGGUAACUCGCUCACAGCCUUUAUAUGUAAACUUUAUAACUGUGUUUCAAUCCAUAACUGAAAAUCUCCUAAAAUAAGUCGUUUUACCUCAGAAAUUUAUUUACAUUUCACAGAUUUCUGCUUCAGUUUUUCUGUCAUAAGAACAAACUUGUGUUUAAAUUGUGUUUCAGUGUCUGAGGAAGACUACAGACAUAGAGAAGACUCAGUGCAGACAGCCUACGCUUUCAUCAAGAAACCCAAGGAGAGGAGAGGUAACUGAUGACAAGAGAAAGAAAAAAAACAAUAUAACUGUCACAACGUUGAUAUUUAUAUUUAUACUUAAAACUAUGAGAACAGUGAGAACCAAUGGAUUCUUUUAUAGACCUCGUGAAUAAAUGUGAAACUAUUUCAAAAAGUGGAGAUGUAGAAAUUCUUUUUUAGAAAACCACUCGAGAAAACCACAGACUAAAAACAAACAAACAAACAAACCACAGAGUUGAUAAUUACUCUCUCUUAAAGAGAUGAGGUUGAUCGUAUAAAAGUGCACGAAAAGAGGACAAACUCAAUGUUUAAUUAAUUUACAAAUUAAAGUUGAUUCAAUCAUUUUAUAGUUUUUUUUCUCGAUUAAUUACAAUAAACAAAACUUUCAAAUUUUUUUAAUAUGUUCUAGUUUUUGUUAAUGUAAAUUCUGUUUUUUUGUAAACAUAAAUUGUAUUUAUUGUUAAUAUUUUUUUCCUAAUAAAGAAAUUAAUUUUUAAAAAUAAUUCUAUUUUCUAAAAUAUAAUUUCUAUUUUUGUUAAUAUAAUUUCAUUUUUUGUUAAUAUAAAAUCAAUAUCUUUGUUAACAUAAUUUCUUUUUUUUGUUUAUAUAAAUUAUAUUUUUUGUAAAUAUAAAUUGUAUUUAUUGUUAAUAUAAUUUUUUUUCUAAUAAAAAAAAUAAUUUUUAAAAAUAAUUCUAUUUUUUAAAAUAUAAUUUCUAUUUUUGUUGAUAUAAUUUCUUUUUUGUUAAUAUAAAAUCAAUAUCUGUUAACAUAAUUUCUAUUUUUUGUAAAUAUAAAUUCUUUUUUGUCACUAUAAAUUCUAUUCUCUGUUAAUACAAUUUAAUUCUGCUGGAGACUGACUGAUAUUAUUGAAGGAGAAGGAACAAGGAAUCAACUCCUACAAAAUAAAACAGGAAACAAACAAGGAAUCAACUCCUACAAAAUAAAACAGGAAAUACACACUGAAAACUGAUCUUAAGAAUAAAACACAGAGAACAGGAGGGAAAUACGGCCAAAGACAAAAACUCACAAGACUGGACUACAGGGGAGCAGGAACAUUAGGGAGAAAACAUCUGAAUAAUAAAACAAGGAGAAAACUAAAUAAAAAGAACAUAUCAUAACAGCUCAAGGUGUUCUUCCAUUUUCCUAAAGUUAACCGAUUGCCCAUGUUUUUUUAAAAACUUGAUAAUAGUGAUAAUGAUGAUAAUAAUAAUUAACAUUUAGAACAACAGACAGAGACAUGAAAUAGCAGAAUUUAUUGAUCUGUACUUAAAAUUUCUGUCUGUCACAGCGGAGUCUCACUUUUUAGAAUUCCAAAUAACAAAAACUUUUGUUAAUUUAUUAUUUUAUUUAUUUUUGUCACAGUAGGAAAAGAGGUCUCCAGAUGCCCCACAGGAUCAGUUCCCAGUGCAGGUACCAACCCCCUUUUGAGAGAAGACGAUCACCACUAUUAUACAGUCGAUGAAGACCGAGAGUAACACCGGUCUUCUUCUGUGUCUCACAGAUUACUGAGAGCUGACAGAAAAAAGGCAGAGGAGACUUAAGUGAGGAAAGUCAUUUGACCAUGAGGAGUUAAAACUCUCAGAUGUUUUCAUACUGUAAUAUAACAAACCCACCAUUCAACUUUCAUAUGUUUAUUUUGUUUUUUCAAGUGUACACAAAAUGUUUAUAUAUUUUCCAAAUAUAUUAAAAAUGGGUGUCAAUAAAGUCGAGCUAAAGGUGGUAUGGGAAACAUGAAUUCAGGAUUGGUCGUACGAGACGUAUGAGUGUCCAAAAAUCUUGAUAAGUAUUUUCUUACAGAUCAAGAAAAUCACAGAUCUAUAAUCUUUAGAUAUCAGAAUAUUGAGGAAAAGUCCAGAAUCUUGUCAGUUAUGUGUAAAUAAUCAGAAUUUUGCAGAAGGUUGACAUUUCUGGAUUUUAAUUUUUUAUUUUUAUUUUUUUUGGAUCGGUGUAAUAUUCCAAAAUUUGAGAUUGUGGAUUUUCUACUUUUGUGAACUGUAAGACGUAUUCAUAAGGGUUAAUAAAAAGUCCUGAAAUAUUUUACUUUGUGUUUGAUGAAUCUAGAAUAAAUAGAAGCUUCACUUUUUGAAUUAUAUUACGAGAAAAAUGAACUUUUUCACAACAUGUUUUUGAAGAUAUAAUCUAACUCUAUAAAUAUAAUCUAUGGUCGUUCACCACGUGAUAUGAGGACAGAGUGAAAACAUUUAUCAGGGGGUUUGUGAAGGUUGUUUACUGCAGGAACUCUUAGUGUAAUACCACAUAUUUAGGUCUACAGUUGAUCUAUCUUAAUGUACAGUAAAAGUACUUUUACCUGCUCAUCAGAGUGACUUCUUCAACAUUAUUGUUCUGGUCCUCUGGCACCACCUGUUGGGACUGUGUUUCAAAUACUGGUGCAUCUCAGAGACCCCACACUUCCUCAGUCAGCGACCGACAAACAGGAAGAGGAGGAGGAACCAAGGGUCUGAUGUUUCAGGUUUAGUCUGGUGUUCAUUCAGUUGUAAGACAGCAUGGAGGUCACAUCUUUCUGCAUCAGGCUGAGUGAGUACAGACACUUCUGACUCUUUAUUAUCAUGAUUAUUAUUAUAUAUGAUGGUAAUAGUAAUAAUAAUAAUAUCAUUACAGGGAACGGUAGCCCUCACUGAUACACUGACAGAGAUAGACUCGUACAUGAUAAACAUACUCUAUGUUAUUACCUCCGACAAGGAGGUUAUUCUUUUGGUAGCAUUGGUUUGAUUGUCUGUCAGCAACUUUGCGGAGAAAGUCACAGACGGAUUGACCUGGAAUUUUCACCAGAGGUGCGUCUCAGCCCCAGGAGGAUCCUAUUACAUUUUGGUGGUGAUCCGGACAAAAUUCCGGAUACUGUGAUCCAGAACACACAAAAAUAAGGGUGUCGUUGGAAUGUUCAAUGCUGAAAGAUAACCGAUGGGCGGCACAGUGGUGUAGAUAGGCGGCACAGUGGUGUAGAUAGGUGGCACAGUGGUGUAAAUAGGCGGCACAGUGGUGUAGAUAGGUGGCACAGUGGUGUAGAUAGGCGGCACAGUGGUGUAGAUAGGUGGUACAGUGGUGUAGAUAGGCGGCACAGUGGUGUAGAUAGGCGGCACAGUGGUGUAGAUAGGUGGCACAGUGGUGUAAAUAGGCGGCACAGUGGUGUAGAUAGGUGGCACAGUGGUGUAGAUAGGCGGCACAGUGGUGUAGAUAGGUGGCAGAGUGGUGUAGAUAGGUGGUACAGUGGUGUAGAUAGGCGGCACAGUGGUGUAGAUAGGUGGUACAGUGGUGUAGAUAGGCGGCACAGUGGUGUAGAUAGGUGGUACAGUGGUGUAGAUAGGUGGCACAGUGGUGUAGAUAGGCGGUACAGUGGUGUAGAUAGGCGGCACAGUGGUGUAGAUAGGUGGUACAGUGGUGUAGAUAGGUGGCACAGUGGUGUAGAUAGGCGGCACAGUGGUGUAGAUAGGCGGCACAGUGGUGAAGAUAGGUGGCACAGUGGUGUAAAUAGGCGGCACAGUGGUGUAGAUAGGUGGCACAGUGGUGUAGAUAGGUGGCACAGUGGUGUAAAUAGGCGGCACAGUGGUGUAGAUAGGUGGCACAGUGGUGUAGAUAGGCGGCACAGUGGUGUAGAUAGGUGGCACAGUGGUGUAGAUAGGUGGCACAGUGGUGUAGAUAGGCGGUACAGUGGUGUAGAUAGGCGGCACAGUGGUGUAGAUAGGUGGCACAGUGGUGUAGAUAGGCGGCACAGUGGUGUAGAUAGGCGGCACAGUGGUGUAGAUAGGCGGCACAGUGGUGUAGAUAGGUGGCACAGUGGUGUAGAUAGGCGGCACAGUGGUGUAGAUAGGCGGCACAGUGGUGUAGAUAGGUGGCACAGUGGUGUAGAUAGGCGGCACAGUGGUGUAGAUAGGUGGCACAGUGGUGUAGAUAGGCGGCACAGUGGUGUAGAUAGGUGGGCACAGUGGUGUAGAUAGGUGGUACAGUGGUGUAGAUAGGUGGCACAGUGGUGUAGAUAGGUGGUACAGUGGUGUAGAUAGGCGGCACAGUGGUGUAGAUAGGUGGUACAGUGGUGUAGAUAGGUGGCACAGUGGUGUAGAUAGGCGGCACAGUGGUGUAGAUAGGUGGCACAGUGGUGUAGAUAGGCGGCACAGUGGUGUAGAUAGAUGGUACAGUGGUGUAGAUAGGCGGCACAGUGGUGUAGAUAGGUGGUACAGUGGUGUAGAUAGGUGGUACAGUGGUGUAGAUAGGCGGCACAGUGGUGUAGAUAGGUGGUACAGUGGUGUAGAUAGGUGGUACAGUGGUGUAGAUAGGUGGUACAGUGGUGUAGAUAGGUGGUACAGUGGUGUAGAUAGGUGGCACAUUGGUGUAGAUAGGCGGCACAGUGGUGUAGUGGUUAGCACUGUCACCUCACAACCAGAAGGUCCUGGGUUCAAAUCCGGGUCAGGGUAUUUCUUGUUUAAGGGGGGACAUGAGCUGCUUGGCGGAGGUCUGCGCUCUCCGAGUGCUUUUCUAGUUUAUGUUGUUUUCUGUGAUCUGAUAUUCUGCUCUUUUGCCUCCUCAGUGAUGGAAAUGUUGUUUCUGUUAGCUGCUCAAGAUAAAGCCUGUUAUUCUCUUAAUGCAAGUAAGUUCUCUUAAAAACAAGCCAUACUGUUGAUGGUCAUUUUAAUUAUACUUUUAAUUAUCUGUAACUGCACUUACUUUCCAAACGUUGGUUAAGAGAAUAAAGUCCUAAAGUUCAAGAUUUUGUCGUGUCCACGUUUCAGAUGCUGCUUUCCCUCGGGUCGUCCCGAAACAACAGCAGUUCUUUGAGUACGACCCAAUAGAAAUCAGCUGUGAGGGGCUGAUGGGGUCGAGAGGAUGGAGAGUCAUGAAGAAGGUCAAAGGGGUCAUUCAGACCUGUUCUGGUGAGUGGGAGACGUCUACGGGUCCCUGCGAAAUCCAAAAUGCUGUUCCAUCCUUCGACAGCGGAGAGUACUGGUGUGAAAUCGGAGCGAAGAGGAGUAACUCGGUCAACAUCACCGUCAGUGGUACGAUAUUUAAAACACUCAGAUACUCUGACAGAAAAAUACACUUUAGCUUUAAGAGUCCUUCACAAUAAAAUCACAUUUGUGUAUUUUUAAAAGUCAGUCUAUCAUUGUGAUCAAACUCGACCAUUGCCUUUGUCCCAGUUUACCAAAUAUGGUCACCGAAGUAUGUCCACCUUUUCUACACCAGGUGACGACAUAACCUUCUGUCAGAUCAUUCCUUUUGGCUACCUCCUCAUUGACCAAAACCAAAGACUGAUUAUAGAGGAGACUUGGGAUAACUGGAUGUCUUCAUGUUGUUGUUGAAUGUUCCUGGAGCUUCAUGAGAACUUCUGAGAGAGUUUUCUAACUUUGACUUAAUAUUUUUUACAGCUGGACCUGUGAUUCUGGAGAUUCCUGUCCUUCCUGUCGUGGAAGGAGACAAUGUGACCCUAACCUGCAGAGACUCUGAGCCCUCUUCUCCCAACUUCACCUCACAGUUCUUCAAAGACGGCCUCUUUAUGGACAGCAGCUCUACAGGAACCAUGACCAUCCACGGCAUCUCCAGAUCGAAUGAAGGACUCUACAAAUGCAGCAUCUCUGAGGCCGGAGAGUCUCCUCAGAGCUGGCUAAAAGUCAGAGGUGACAUUACCAGUGUUUAAACAUACAGUACAUUUUCCUAUACUUUGUUAUCAUGAAGAAUAAGCACGUACUGCACCUUUAUCUCCUCAGAAGUUCAUGAGGAGGAACCAUGGUUCUUUCAGCCGUCCAUGCUGCAGAUCUGUAUCGGUGCUGGGCUCUUCUUGAUGAUAAUUUUGCUGCUGAUGGUUGGAUUCCUGGGACAUAAAAAGCGUCAAACAGUCCUCCCAGGUAAAAAAUGCAUUUUUAUUAGUUACCUCCGCCAAGGAGGUUAAUUUUUUGGUAGCGUUUGUUUGUUUGUCUGUGAAGUUACAGACGGAUUGACCUGAAAUUUUCACCAGAGGUGCGUCUCAGCCCCAGGAGGAUCCCAUUAAAUUUUGGUGGUGAUCCGGAUCGCUUCUGGAUCCAGGAAUUUUUUGAAGGAUUCUUUAUCAUUGUGAGAUAGGGCAAAUUUGGGAAUUUUUGCAUUUAACUCUAUAAAAAUGUCCAGAGUCUUUAGUAAAAAAUGACACAAAAGGACCUCAAUGAGUUUUAUGAGGUGUCAAAGGUUGAUCCUGAUCCAGACAAAAUUCUGGAUACUGUGAUCCAGAACACACAAAAAUAAGGGUGUCGUUGGAAUUUUCAAUGCUGAAAGAUAACCAAUGGGCGGCAGAGUGGUGUAGAUGGGCGGUACAGUGGUGUGGAUGGGCGGCACAGUGGUGUAGAUGGGCGGCACAGUGGUGUAGUGGUUAGCACUGUCGCCUCACAGUAAGAAGGUCCUGGGUUUGAAUCCAGGUCAGGGCAUUUCUUGUUUUAGGAACAUUAUGAACAGUGAACAUACCAGUUUAAACACAAAUAAAUGUUAAUAAAAGACACGUAACAGUGAAAGUUUUGGUGUGAAUCACAAUAUAAGGGGGACAUGAGCUGCUUGGCGGAGGUCUGCGCUCUCCGAGUGCUUUUCUAGUUUAUAAUAUUAUCAUUUUAGCACACUGUUGAUUUCAAACUGUUUUAAGUUCUGUAAACUUUUAGACUGACAGUUUCUUUGUCAUUUUCAUUCCAGCAGUUUUAGAAACAUCGCCUCCUUCUGUCCAACCUCCACCAUCUCCACAAACAGGUGAGCGACACCAGCUGUAUAUGAGAUGAUCAAAACUCCACCCAUGUAGAAGAGUAGAACUAAAACCAACCUGUGUACAGAGUAUCGUUACAUACAAUCAAAACACCGAUCAUUUCGUCCAUUUACGAUAUUUCUAUGUUUCAGUGACUGUGGAAGCCUGUGUAGGCGACUCUAUGCAGACGACAUACUCUUUUGCAAACAAACCCCGAAAGAAGAAAAACAAAGGUAAGUUAUUGAAAUACAUCGCUUUAGGUUAAAACACAUGUAUAUACGAGUGUGUUUCAUAAUGCGCCAAUCAAUCAUUUCAUCGUGUUUCAGCAUCAGAGGAGGCCAGUACGGAUGAGUCAGUUCACGCCACGUACGCUUUCGUCAAAAGACCCGGAAAUACGGAGAAAGGUAAACUGAUUCAAACUCUUCAACAUCGUCAAUUUUCAUGUCCAACAUCGUCUUUUUCUGUAAGAUAAAACUAUUUUUAACGUUUCAGCGAGUGAGGAGGUCGGUCCGGAUGAACCGAUACACAUGACGUAUUCUUUAGUCACCAGACCCCGGCAAACAGACGGUAAGAGACCGCACUUUGGUUAUCGAUUUAAUCUUAAUUUCCUGUCAGCGUAAAAAUGACAGAUGUGUUUUCAUUCUAUUUCAGCGUCUGAAGAGGCCCGUCAAGGUGCCUCAAUGGAGACAACGUACGCUUCCUUAAAAAAACCCUUUAAGAAGAAAAAGAUAAAGAAAGGUAACGGAAAAAUAACGCCACACGGUUGACCUCUUUUCAGGUUAAUGUUAAAGCAGUUACCUUUAAAUGAGACGGCGUGAACACGUUUAGAAGUCUGUUUUGACUGCGUCUAUUUCAGAAACUCGAGGCCCACUCGUACUCAAACCACCGCAGACAGAAACAGGUAGCAAGCCUCGCAGGUGGUUGUAUAAGCUGCUCUAAUGACACGAACUGUUUCCUGUCUCAUAACCACAGCGAAGUCACAAAAACAUGUACUCCUGUCUGUCACAACAUUGAGAAAGUUUGGUCUGUUUUCUAAGGUGGUAAAAAAAGGGUUAAAAAAAUCAGAUGUUUGAGGUUGACUUACUGACCCGUAGACGAGUUUUCUUGUGAAAUAAAAGUUUGAAUUCCUGUAGAUUAAGGAGAGAAAAGAUGACAAAACUACGAUAAAUACAUGAAUCAUAACAGAACAAAAUAAAUAAAUGUAAAUAAAAAGGGACCAACCAUCGAGCCCUGUGGUACUCCAACAGAAAAAAGCAUUUAGGAUUUUAUUUAAUUUAAAACAGAGACAGUACAUAUUAAUGAACAUAAACAUGUGAACAUGCAAGAUUAUAGGCAAAGGCCAAUUUCCAUCUUUAGUCCCUUCGGCAGGUAGACGUCGUCAACAGAGAUGAUAUUUCUGGCAGACAAGAACAUCUUGAAAGCAAAGAAGGACAGAAAAUAAGAAAGAAAAGAAAAGAACAGUCACCUCUAGAACCAGCUCUUGUUGAUCUGCUUGAGUUGAGGGGAGAUUUUGUAAAUCAAGAUAGCGUCGGUGAAUUUAACAGUAUCGUCCCAGCGUAGGCGUUCAUGAUUUUUCGGUCCGCUCUUUCUGACUGUAAACAAAGCCGUUCUCCACCUCCUCUAACCUGAUUGGUUGUGAGGCAGACGCUGCUCCCCCGUGUCGUUCAGGAGCCCAAACAAAGUUAGCGUGCUACAAUAUCGGACAGUAGAAACCAACCAAAAAGUUCGGAAAAUUGUCUGAAUCCUCCUUUGGCCACGACUGACGACACAAGCAAGAAAACACUCAAACAUAAACAGUCAGCAAGAAAACAGUCAACACCAAACCGGUCAACAAGAAAACAGUCAACAAGAACACAGUCAACAAGAAAACAAUCAGCAAGAAAACAGUCAACACCAAACGGGUCAACAAGAAAACAGUCAACCAUAAACAGUCAACAAGAAAACAGUCAACCAUAAACAGUCAACACCAAAACAGUCAACAAGAAAACAGUCAGCAAAAAAACAGUCAACCAUAAUCAGUCAACAAGAAAACAGUCAGCAAAAAAAACAGUCAACAAGAAAACAGUCAGCAAGAAAACAGUAAACACCAAACUGGUCAACAAAAAACAGUCAACCAUAAUCAGUUAACAAGAAAACAGUCAACAAGAAAACAGUCACCAAGAAAAAAGUCAACACCAAACCGGUCAACAAAAAACAGUCAACAAGAAAACAGUCAGCAAAAAAACAUUCAACAAGAAAACAGUCAGCAAGAAAACAGUCAACAAGAAAACAGUAAACAAAAAACAGUCAGCAGGAAAACGGUCAACACCAAACCAGUCAACAAGAAAACAGUCAACAAGAUAACAGUCAACCAUAAACAGUCAACACCAAAACAGUCAGCAAGAAAACAGUAAAAAAAACAACAGUCAACACCAAAAGAGUCAACAAGAAAACAGUCAACCAUAAAUAGUCAAGACCAAAACAGGCAACAAGAAAACAGUCAACAAGAAAACAAGAAAAUGCUGCUCCCCCGUGUCAUUCAGGAUCCCAAACAAAGUUAGCGUGCUACAAUAUCGGACAGUAGAAACCAACCAGAAAGUUCGGAAAAUUGUCUGAAUCCUCCUUUGGCCACAACUGCCGACACAAGCAAGAAAACAAAGUAAAUACCAGAGACUCUGGAGGAAUAACGGGCGCUUAAAACGGAGGUAGACCGGACAAGAGCUAAAAAGCCGGGUCAACAUAAACGAUGGGGGACGCUUGGGGAUCUUGGUGACCCUGUAACCUUUCUGCUGGACAGGUAAACCGCUUUAACAAAGUAAGACAAGUGUCUGUAACAGAAGUGUUUCUUGUCAAACGGACCUGCUGUAGCGUGUUGUAGCGCCAUCGCUAAACUGUCCUCCCUCGGGUCCUGGACUAUGUCACUUUAUCCUAGUUGUAGAAGUCCUGCAAACAUUGUGUUUGCUGGUAGUCUGUUGGCAUCUACAGUAGCACCAAUGCUUUUGACUUUCACCUUGACUGGGCCCCAUUUGUAAUGAUCUGAAGUAUUAAUCUGCAUUAUAUCUGAAUUUAACUGGAACGAUACGAGCGAGCAGGAGCGUCUGUUUGUGGGCAGGGCUUGUGGAGAGAAGGAGCUGAGGGGAAAACUGGUUGGGAGGGGUAGAGCUUACAUUCAAGAUUUCUCCUAAAAACUGGAACUUCCUCAGAUCCUGCCUACCCCACCUUUAAAGUCUGAUUGUUUGUGAUUUACAAACAGUCUUGGAUAUGUUGGGAUCCACAUUCGUCAGUUCUUGCGCGGCGUGUUUUUUAUCCUCUGCUCGGACAUACAGAACAGCAUCAUCUGCAUACAUUUGGCAGGUGACAUUCCAAGGACAACAACUUGGCAGAUCGCUUAUAAACAAACUGAAAAGUAGCAGACCUAGCACUUACCCCUGCGGCACCCCAAGAUUGUCGUUACGUGAUGUUGACUUCAUGUUCUUCAAAAGGUGUAACAAAACCACCUCGAGUCUCACAUUCUUUUGUUUUCUGUUGUUGUUAAUCAGGCCAAGAGUCCUCCAGUUCCCCCACAGGACCAGUUCCCAGUGCAGGUACCAACCUCCUUUUGAGAGAAGAGGAUCACUACUAUUAUACAAUCGAUUAAGACCAAGGGUAAUACUGGUCUCCAGUGUGUCUCUGAUUGAUGUGAAUGUGUUAAACUGGGUGGAUUUUUGAUGUUAUGAAGAAGGCUGCUGAAAACCAGAGCGAUGAAAAAGAACUUAAAUGAUGUUUAAAUGUUUUAAAAUCUUUCAACUGUCUUAACUACUUUUGUCUUUUGUGUCUCACAGUUUACUGA